CGCUCUAACGGCUUAUAAUGAUGGCGGAGCCGAGCUCGGAGUUCUGGCUUUACCGCCUACUGCGGAAAGCUGCCGGGAUGGCUGCACACCUUCUGUGUCUGGGAUUCACUAUCGGGAUCGGGGUGGUCAGUAGGCCGGGGACGAGUCUAUUUUCGUGGCAUCCAUUCCUGAUGGCUCUGGCUUUUUCCUUCAUUAUGACUCAAGCCAUUCUGCUAUUUUCUCCAGAGAGUUCCCUUAUUUUGUCCUACUCGAGGAAAAUUAAAGUCCGAUCCCACUGGGUUUUGCAAGGGUUGGCCACUGUGUGUGCCAUCUUGGGCUUGACCAUUAUCAGCUAUAAUAAAUACCUGAAUGACAAACCACAUUUUACCAGCUGGCAUGGUUUGAUCGGGCUAGCAACUGUCCUAUACAUUUGCUUGCAGACUACUGGUGGGGUGACUCUGCUGUAUCCCAAACUAAUGAGGAAAUGGUCUCUAGCCAAACUGAAAUUGUAUCAUGCUACCUCUGGACUGGUUGGCUACCUAUUAGGCUGUACCAGUCUGUUACUGGGCAUGUGUUCGGAAUGGUUCUCAGGGACAGUGGCUAGUGUUAGCUGGUAUCUGGCCAUUUGCUGCCCAGUUCUGUUGGCAUUGGUCAUCAUGAACCAAAUUACAAAUGCCUAUCUGAGGAAAAAGAGGAUACAGCCUUGAAUACACUUCCACCCUGGCAGUAGCUGCUUAUUAGCUACUCGGACUCUUUUUAAUCUGUAAUUCUACUAUAGAAGUCUUAAAACCAACUUCAGUCAGUAUGCAGAGAUUCUUGUCAAUGCUGGUGAUUGAUGAAGAUGUUGAAACUACUGGCAAAUCAGUCCUACUCCUUGAUUCUGCUGGCAAAUGGAGAAAGUGGGCCUGACCAACUGCUGGAUUGCUUCCCAUCUCAACCGAUGUUGCUCUUUUAAAGUGUUGGAAUAUCUUCAAGUUGCCCUCCUUUGUGUUUCCCUUUGACUGAUCAGCCAGCAGUGAAUAGUGCUGGCUUACUUCAGUCCAUUCUCACUGACUGGAACCCAAGAGAAUAUUUUAUAAAAUGGUAACAAAUGUAUUCAUGAGACAAGAUGUUGCACGAAAUAGAGUUCAGUGUUAAAGCCAAAAUCUCCUGCUAUUGUACUGUAUUUAAACUAAAGCAUGGUUUGAUCUCACAUUAAGAGAUUAAUUCUGAUAAUCUGAAAUAAUUUGAAAUGUACAAUUUAUAUCUCUGGUUAUUCAUAAACCUUCAUUCAUUUCAGUAGGAUUAUUAUCCCUUCCACCAUAUGAGUUUGUGGUUCCUUCACUGUAGUAAUUUACGACUAAAAGGAUGGUUAAUGUCAGUCUUGAUUGAGAUAAGCUUUUUAUUUAUUAAUGCAUAUACAAUGUUAAAUGUGCUGUUUAUUUUUCUACCUUCAUAUUCCAAAGUCAUUGCCCUGCAAGUAUUUAAUCCUGUGUGCGUUCUGUUGUUUUUCCAUAGUGUUGUGAUGUAUUGUGUGAACAUUUUGCUCCAGUUAGUAUGGAACAAAAUUAUACUUUAUUGCUGAUUGAUCUUUUGAGCUCAGAGGAACACCUUUAUAACAGUGGUAUGUUCUAUCUAAAUGUAUUUACAGACUGCUACAUAACAUAUUUGAUAUUCAGUUCUGUCGAAGUCAAGGGACAAAAUAUGGGCUUAAGUAGAUAAUGGACCAUCAAAAUGAUGUCAUCUGCAUUAUGUCCAAACCACUGGUUUCACCACAUAGUCUGUCCUGGCUGUACUUUAGCUCCAGUGAAUUAUUUUCAGUUUAACAAACAAAGUACAAGAUUAUAUAAUGAUGAGACAAUUUCUGAUCGUGUGUAAUGUAUCCACGUAAUUCUGUCUUCAAAAGAAUCACAUCAAUCACAGUGGGAAGGAAUUCCUUGCUUGAAUCCUUUUGACAGUGUUGUUACUCCCUUGUAUCUUUUGUAUGACAGCUGAGGUAGGACUGUAUUCAGAAAGUAAGGGAACAGAUGAUUGAGAAGUACUGCCAUUGCAAUUAAGAGAUUAUUCAAAAAGAAUUGUAACUCAAGGUAUAAACUCUUAUUACCUUGAAAAUACCAAAAAAAAAACUUGAACAUACUGAUGAUGCACUCAUUCUCAUAUUUUUCUGUUGACUGACCUGAACUCCCAAAUCCUCAGGAGAGUUCUUCAGUAAAAUGGAUCUGUUUGAUUGGAUCUCAGUUUCCAACAGGGUUGAUACCAAAGCAUCCUAUGAUCAAAGGAGUUUUAAUACAGAGUUAUCAGGGAUAUACAGUUCCCAUUGGUAAUGAUGUACUUAAUAAUGAUGCAAAGAGAUUCAGAUAUUUCUGCUCCACUUGUUGGAUUUUUAUUGCUAAUUUCUUUGAUUUACUGAAGCCAUUUGUACUGUACCUUGUAGUCAGUGUGCACACAAUAAAUAUCCAUCUCUCGUGUGUCCGAGUGCUAUGUCAU